AUGCUUUAAAAUGAAAACUCAAGACAAGUAGUAUUAAUUGGGUAUAUUGGCCAUGGUAAAACAACUCUUUUUAAUAAAAUUUGUUAGAAAAAAUAACCUGUAUAAUUUGGUGGACCAUCUGUUACUAGAGAAUCAGUUCUUAGUUAAAGCGCUUAUGGAGAAGGUUUUAAUUUGAUUGAUACUCCUGGUUUAGGGACAGAUAAAGAUAAAUUGGCUCAUGUAAUUUGCAUUGCUACAGCCCUAACAUUUGGAUUAAUACAUCAAAUUUUAAUAGUUGUUUAGUUAGAAAGGCUAGCAACAAUGAAAGAGAGGUUAAGACCGAUGAUAUAAUAGUAAUUUAAAAGAUUCAAAGAUAUCAUCACAGUUGUUGUUACUCAUUGGGAUAAAGCAGAAGAACCAGAAAAAAGAAAAUAAGAAUUAAUUGAUUUAAUUAAAGGGUAUAAUGUUAAGUCUAUGAUUUUCGUAUCAAAAGAAACAUCUGGAAAAGAUUUAUGUUAAAUGAUUGAUGUUACUCUUUAGAAUUGUGAUUAACAAGGAAAAAUUUGUUAAUUAUACUUUAUGAAAAUCAUUAUUAAUUUUAUUAGAAUUAAAAUGUUGAAAACUUGAAUUUUUUAUUAAUUUCCAAUAUCAUAAGCUGAGAUAUAAUCUCAUUUUGAUAUUAUUGAUUUAACAGAUGAUGUAAUUGAUUAACUCAAUAACGCAAAGGGUUAAGUUAGUGUUAAAUUUGAUAAAACUGCAAAAGCAAUUAAAGGUUUUAUUAAAAACUUUUCAGAUACUGAUCCAACAAUGCCUGAAGUUAUGCAUUAAUUAACAUUAGCUAUAAAAGAUUAUGCUGAUGAAACAAUUUUAAAAUUUUAAAAAGAUAAUAUGGAUCUAUUUAAUGAUUUAUAUUCAAGAUUAGAGGAUGAUAAAUUAGUUUAUUUAAUAGAUGCUUAAUUAAAAUAAGAAUUAAUAAUUUAAGUAAAUGGGUUGGUUUCUCUUGCUUAAGAAAAGAUGAAAAUUUCCAAAUAGCAAUGUUUUAAUUAUAUUAAACAGUGUCCCUAUUGUGGGGAGAUUUGGAUGAAAGUCUAUGGUUGUAAUGAAGAAACCUUUUGUGGGAAAUUGCCUGAAAAUGAAGAUUAACAUUUCAAAUAAUCAAAGAUUCCUAGAAGAUUUCAAUUUUAAUUUUAGGAAUCUGGAGUCAUUUAUAAUGAUUUGUAAAUUUAAUUUUCAGAAGUAGAUAAAAGUGAUUUACUUUAUAAUUAACUUGAGUUUUUUAGAAGUAAUAACUAAGAUAGGUAAAGAGAGCAAUUUUUUGAAAUGUAAAGGCAAUCUAUUUAUAAUCCUUUAGAAAAUGCACAUCCUUUUGAAAUUUUAAAGGGACUUAUUAGCAAUCGAUCAGAACAAAUACAACCAAGACCUAUACAACAAAGAAAUAUGUAACCAAGACUUAUACCACCAAGACAUAUACCAUCAGUCUUAAAAAAUAAUUUUCAAUUUAUAUAUUAGGAUCAUUCAAUUUUUGAAAGAAAAGGUAAGAUUGGUUGUGGUAAAUCAUUUAUAUGGCGUGAAUUAAAACCUCUAUCCUAAGAAUAGUUAAAGGAAUUGUUAGAUCCAGGUGUGUUAGAUUAUUUGGCGAAUGUAGUAAAUGAAGAGAAAUAGGCUAAAUAGAUUGAAUUAGCAACAAAAAUUGAAAGUCUAAUGAAAACCAGCAAAGUAGUUAUUCUAGAAUGA